UUUAAAAAUGGCGGCGGUUUGUUUUGUUCGUCUUGUUUGAAAGACAAAUAUUUAGUUAAUUUUAUAAGUUUUACAGUAUUUCUAACAAAUUAACCAACAUUAGACCUUGUUGAUAAAAAUAGAGGUGUAAUUCAUUCAUAAAAAAAUAAUAAUACGUGCAUGUUCUCAGAAAAUGGUUUCGCCGAGUUAAUUUUUUUUUAAGUGAAAGGGGUUUUUCUUCCUCGUAGUGAAAUUAUGAGUGCUGUUUAUAUGUACGAGCUAUACUAAACUUGUGAUAAAAUGGAGAACAAAGACGGUAUAAUCCAGGAAGUGCUGUGCAUGUCGUGUUUGUGUUUCGGACGAUCACUUCGCGUUUUACGCGAUGCUAAAAUAAAACGAUUCUAUUUGGAUACGCUGAGCGAGAUUCCUUUGUAUGAUACAUCGCUGACUGCCCUGGUCGUGUGCUGGGAGUGUGAGGCUCUGUUGAAAAGGAUUGUGGCAUUCAGAGCACAAGUACAAGACUCAUUUAGAAUAUUACAAACCUACACCAAUGAGAACCUCCAUGAGUGUCUCCUAACCGAUGUGACGAGGCCACCUCGGUUGAAAAUAGUUAACAAUGAACCAAUCAGCAUACGGCCUGAUGACAACAAUCAAGUGCAGCUCAGUUUGAAGGAUGAGGUCAAGAAUGAUUGGGAAGAAUGUGACUCACCAGUCCCUUCCAACGCUGACUACCCUCCAUUAGACAGUGAUAAUGUAGAUGAUUUAGAAGCCGAGUUUGAAGCUAUCAUUAAUGAUAAGAAGAGGAAGAGAUCUGCUCCGAAGAGAAGCAAGACUGUUAAUCAAAAUGUAACGAAGAGAACACAAGACUGCCCACGAUCAGAGUCACAGGAUGUGAAGGAACUCCCAGGAGUCGACGGGAGAUUAGAGCUUAAGGACGAAGUGAAGAAUGAGUGGGAUGGUGCGGAUUAUCAAACGUCCCUAACAGAGUACGAAGGAUCAAAUUGCACGGGAAAAUUGAUAGAAGUGGAAAUACCGGCGCUACCCACCGAGAAACAGAGAAAAAAACUAGCCCGGAGUAAAGUGAAACGGACAAAGAAAAUUGUAAAGAAUAUCCAACUCAAUAGUAGUAAAAAGCCACAGAAACCAAAGCCAACAGACAAACAUUACGUAACCAUAGAGCUGUCGUACGAGGAGAUGAUGAGCGAGCGGCAGAGAGAGGCAGCUAAAGAGAGCUAUAUGCAGGCCGAGUACAAGUGCGAGUCGUGUCUCAUCGGGUUCAACUAUAACAGGGCUUACGAAGCUCAUCGUAGCGGACGGCAUGGGCCUGACAUAGGUGAGUACAUCUGCCCUAUAUGUAAGACUAUCAUCGCUACAGUGGACUCGUUCACAUCUCACUAUAGAAGGCACAUGAGAAGAUUCGAAUGCAGCCUGUGCCAAAAGCGAGCGAUAGACCGCGGCAGGAUCAAACAACAUCUAUAUUCUGCGCACAACAUAGCAUUGUCCACUAUAAAAUGCAGGACUUGUAGUCACGUGUCACAUUCUUUGGACAGCCACAUACACCACCUGGACACGCACAAGGGCCGCUUCAAAUGUCCCGAGUGUGUGAAAACGUUCAAACACCGCGGCGGACUGAAGAAUCAUAUCAUAGCUGUGCACGAACUGAACAACAACUUCCCUUGUAACGUGUGUGGCAAGGUGUUCCGAUGGAAGAACAGUCUCAAGCGACAUCUGGAGAAGCACGAGAGCAAGGACAAGCCUGAAGUAGCGUACUGUGAACCGUGCGGCAUCAGUUUCAAAUCCGUGUGCUCUUACCAGCGCCAUCUCAAGAACAGCCUCAAACACGUCACGCAGGACCAGCGCAAAUACGUGUGUGACCAUUGCAACCGCCGUUUCAUAGACAAGACGAAGUUACGGGAUCAUAUCGAGGACAAACACUUACACAGGACUUAUCAGUGUCCGAUCUGCUUGAAGUCAUCGAAGAAUCGAGUCAAUUUAGAUCAACACAUGAGAAAUGUACACAAAGGAAGGCCUAAUAAUAAAAUGUGCCACCACUGUGGAAAGGGAUUUCCGACCAAAGUCCAGUUGGAGUCUCACAUGCGCACGCACACGGGCGAGAGACCUUUUAUAUGCGAAUACUGUCCGACCACGUUCACACAGAAGUCCAACCUGUACAAACAUUAUAGGCAGGUACAUCUAAACAUAAAGUCCAAGCGAUAUCCUUUAUGUAAGAAGAGGAAGGAUGGCCCCCCCACGCCUCCCGCGGGGUCCAGCGAGGAGAUCCUGGGGGAUGCUUAUAAGCCUGUAGCAAUACUGCGGUUCUCGCCAGGGGAGGGACUGCGAUAUGUCAACUGAGAACUCGACAGGAUGCGUUGGGUGAAAACUCAAGGGGAGAAAAAGGAAUAAGACUCAAGUGGGUGAAAAGGAAUAAGACUCAAGGAAGUGAAAAGGAAUAAGACUCAAAGGGGUGAAAAGGAAUAAGACUCAAAGUGGUGAUAAGGAAUAAGACUCAAAGGGAUGAAAAGGAAUAAGACUCAAGGGGUGAACGGAAUAAGACUAAAUUAAGAUUUCAGUUAAAUAUAUUUAUUUAGUAAUCAUUUUAUUCCAUUUCACCCCUUUGAGUCUUGUUCGGCGAGUAGUAAAAAAUAUUCAAGGAAAUAAAAAUGAAAAUUUUUAAACAAAUCUAUCUGGUUUUUAAUGAAGGUAAUUUUGACAAAAUUUAGUUUUUUUUUCCCGAAUGUGAAAUCCUGAUUCCUAUAGUAUUGUGCAAUAAAUAUUAUUUUGUAAAA